AGUCCACUAACCAAGGCCUGACGUGGUUUUCGAUCACAUUCACAAGAGAGAAGAAAGUCAAGUUAGUUUUUGUUUAGGUGGGUAAAUUAGGGUUUCAAAACACCCGCCAGAACUCCUCUUCCUUCCUUCAAUGGCUGCCGUGGUUCACGAAGACAACCCAGAGGAUAAAUCGGCCCCUUCACCUCUUCAAAAGCUCAGCUUAACUCCAAAACCUUACCCAACUGAUUCCCCAACCUCCAAGGAUGUCAUAGUUUCUGUUGCCUCCAACUUAUCAACUCAGCCUCUCCAGAACCACGGUCCUCACGUAUGGGGCGUCUUAACGGCUAUUUCCGGCAAUGCCCGUAAAAGGAAUCAGCAGGGCAUAAAUAUGAUUUUGACUGCUGAUGAGCAUUGCAUUGGUAGAGUGGUAGACGAUACUCGAUUCCAGAUCGAUUCGAAUGCGGUUAGUGCGAAACAUUGCAAAAUUUAUAGGAAGAAGGUCGACAUUGAGGAGGAGAAACAGACGUCCCUGUGUAAAACUAAUGUCUUCUUGAAAGAUUCAAGCACCAAUGGGACACAUAUCAACUGGAAGAAAUUGAAAAAGAAAGGCCCUGAAGCUCAAGUUCAUCAUGGAGAUAUUAUUUCGUUCGCGGCUCCUCCUGAGCAUGGCACGAAACUGAUCAGUGGUGGGCAGUAGCAAUUUGGUUUUAAAGAUUUGCAUGAAAUGGAGGGAGGCUAUCACAAAGCAGAUAAGACAGAAUUUUCAGAAUGCUGGAAAAUCUCUUGGAGAACUCCCUAUAUUAUGCGUCUUUCACUCACUGCCGGAAUUGGAGGACUUCUUUUUGGAUAUGACACUGGAGUGAUUUCUGGGGCUCUCCUUUAUAUUAGAGAGGAAUUUGUAGAAGUAGAUAAGAAAGCAUGGUUGCAGGAGACUAUAGUGAGUAUGGCUGUUGCAGGAGCUAUACUUGGUGCUGCAGUCGGUGGUUGGAUCAGUGAUUGUUUUGGUCGUAAAAAGGUACUUUUGCUUGCUGAUAUAGUGUUCUUUGGUGGUGCAAUUGUUAUGGCAGUAGCUCCUGCACCGUGGGUGCUUAUUAUAGGUAGAAUUUUAGUUGGCCUUGGAGUUGGAAUGGCUUCCAUGGCUGCACCGCUAUACAUCUCAGAAAGUUCACCUACUAGAAUUAGAGGAGCACUCGUGAGUUCAAACGCAUUGUUGAUUACAGGUGGACAAUUCCUGUCCUACUUGAUCAACCUAGCUUUUACAAAGGUUCCUGGAACCUGGCGUUGGAUGCUUGGUAUUGCAGGACUUCCAGCUUUGAUUCAGUUCAUUCUCAUGUUGUCUCUUCCAGAGUCCCCAAGAUGGCUCUUCAGACAGAACAAGAUAGAUGAGGCCAAGUCUAUAUUAGAGAAGAUCUUUCCUGCUGAUGAAGUUGAAAAUGAGAUGAAGGCCUUGAAGGAUUCUGUUGAGGCAGAAAAAGCUAUUGAAGGAGAACUCGGUGAUGGAUUUCUUCCAAAACUGAAGAGUGCUCUUCGAAGUAAAGUAGUCCGUAGAGCACUUCUUGCAGGCAUUACUGUACAACUCAUCCAACAAUUCGUAGGCAUUAACACUGUCUUAUAUUACAGUCCUACAAUUGUUCAAUUUGCUGGAUUUGCCUCCAGACAAACUGCUUUAGCACUUUCCUUGGUAACUUCUGGUCUUAAUUUUGUUGGCUCCAUCAUAAGUAUGGGCUUUGUGGACAAGUAUGGAAGGAGAAAGUUCAUGCUUGUGUCUCUUGUCGGUAUCAUUGCGUGCCUUGUGGCCUUAGGAGUAGUGUUUUUCCAGGCUGCUGCAACUGCUCCUGCGGUUAGCAACUUGGAAACCAUGCACUUCGGUGGAAACACCACAUGCCCAGCUUACCUCUCAGCCCCUAAAUCUCAACCAUGGAACUGUAUGUCAUGUUUGAAAGCACCAGACUGUGCCUUCUGUGCCAGCAGUGGAAAUGGGCUUCAUCCUGGAGCUUGUUUGGCUGUGAGUAAUGAUAUUAGAAGCACAUGUCGCAUGGAAAAGAGAACAUGGUACACAGAAGGUUGUCCAAGCAAGUUUGGAUUCUUAGCAGUAGCAUUUCUAGGCCUCUAUAUUAUAUGCUAUUCACCUGGGAUGGGUAGUGUUCCAUGGCUAGUAAACUCAGAGAUAUAUCCUCUAAAAUACAGAGGGAUUGGUGGAGGUAUUGCUGCAGUAUGUAAUUGGUCGGCUAAUCUGUUAGUUAGCGAAACCUUUCUAACUCUUACUAAUGCUUUGGGUUCCGCUUGGACUUUUAUUCUAUUUGCGGGAUUAUCUUUCAUUGGCUUCAUUGCCAUUUACUUUGUUGUUCCUGAGACCAAGGGACUUUCAUUUGAGGAGGUUGAGAAAAUGCUUGAGAAGGGAUUCAAACCAAAGGGGAUUUAUUUCAAGGGGAUCAAAGAUGAGAUUAAUGAGGAGAAUGUGUCUCCUUCUUCUGUCUAGAAUGUCUUCGUAACACAAUUUUUCAUUGUAUAUUUAGUCUUUUAGUGUGUAGUUUAGAUUUUUGGGUUUAGUAUUGUUUCAUAUUUUUAGAGCAUCUCCAAUAGAGUAAGGUUAUAAAUGUAGUGUAUAUGUAUUUUUUAGUCUAUGCUCAUAAAAUUAAACACCAAUAAUAAUGUAUAAUGUGUUCCAAAUUAUUAAAUUUAACACAUGCUAAAAGUUGUGUCAAAUUUGACACAAUAUAGCAUGUAUCAAAUUUUACAACACAAUAAGUAUAUUUUUUUUUAUUUACUCA